CGGGCGGCCCGGUGUGGUCGGUGUGUUCUGGUGUCCUCGGUGUGCCCCGUGUGCGCCCCGCGCCUUUAGCGCAGCCUUGCCUUCCCCCGCAGAGCGGCUUCGCGGGGAGCGGCGUGUCCCUGCGCGGCCGCCGUGCGGGGCGGGGCGGGCGGCGGAAUUUAAACAGGGACAAGCGGCGGGCUCCGAGCUGAGCCGGGCAGGGCCAUGGCCAGCGCGGCCUCCCCUCGGCCCCUCCGCGGACAGUCCUUCUACCUGGACCUGCCGAGCGGCCGCAGCGCCCGGGACCUGGCGGAGGCCAUCGGGCGGCUCGGUGGGGUGACAGAAAGCUUCCUCAGCAAAGAAAUCACCUGUGUGGUGUCCAGCAGCAGAGAGGCCAAGAGGGGCCAGCCCAGGGCUCGGGAGGAGAAGCAGAACAACCCAACUGCAGAAAGCACAAAAUCCACCAGCUCAGUGCCUGCUGCCCCCAAAGGAACCCCAACCAGAGCUCACCAGAAGCCACCAUACACUGCACUGCUGAGCAGGGGGAAGGAGCUGCUGAACAAGGCCAUGAAGAACCAGGACACCUGCAGUGGCAGCAGCAUCCUCGCCAACGCUCGCCUGUGGGGAGUCCAGAUCCUGCAUGUGGAUGAAAUGCUGUCCUAUGCCCAGCAGCUGCUGCGAGCCAUCUCAGGAGCAAGGAAGCAGUGCCAGAAGACAGAGGUGAAAUGCCCUGCCUCCAGAUCCAAAAUUCACAAAGGAAAAUUGAAGCCCCCUUUCCUGAAAGUUGAAGACCAGAGCAGGCAAUUCAGGCCCUUCCAUCACCAGUUCCAAAGCUUUCCUGCCCUCAACUUCCUGGCACCCAAAAGCUCCAGCCCAUUUGAGCCUCUGAAAAUCCUCUCCGAUUCCUGCCAAGCCAGGGGUGCUGAGGGCUGUGCCCUGCACAGCACUGGGGGGAAGAGCCCUCGUUCCACACACGUCACCGUGCCCAGGAAAAGGAGGGGGUUUUGUGAGUGCUGCCAAGAGACCUUUGAAGAGCUGCAGAAGCAUCUCCUGAGCCCCCAGCACCAGAGGUUUGCCCAGGACAGCUCCCAGUACAUCCCUGUGGAUCGUGUCAUCUCCCAGCUCACCAACAGCUUCGUGGAGGGCUCAGCCAAGGUGCCCUGGUCCUGCCUGGCAGAUGAACGUGUAGUGCCUCAAGCACACAGCACUGGAGGAAUGAAGCUGCUGCCAGCAGAGCUGGGAAGGGAAGGGGAGCAGCCUGAGCAGGAUGCUGUGGAACUGAUAACAGAUACAGAGCUGGAUCAUGGCCUGAAGACCCAGGGAAAUUCCCCCUGCCUGCCCAGGGGCAGGGUCACAGAUCCCAGAGGAGGAGGGGACUUGUCAAAGCACAGCUCCCUGCAGCUGCCAAGGGGAGCAGGGCUCAGCAGAGGGGUCUGUGCUGCUCAUGGUGCCCUGGGGGAGGCUGGGCUGGGGGCUUCAGGUUUAGGUUUGGCUCCUGAGCUGGGCUGGGGGCCUCGUGCAGCACCCACUCCUGUCAGAGAGGCAAUGGCUUCUUCAUGUGAACCUGUCAGCCACCCUCCCCAAGCCCAGGCUGCCUCCAGGAAGCGCCAGCUGUGCUCCAGACCCAGCUCCCAGGUGGCAAAGAGGCCCAGGCUGGAGCUGGGUUCUGGCCUGUCCCCCCUGGGUGAGCAGAUGGAGCUGGUGGGUGGUGGGAUGGGGGCGCAGCGGGCAGGGCAGGUGUCUGAGCCAGCCCUGCCCCUGGGCACAGAGCUCUCCAGCAGACCUCACAGCUCCCUUGCUUUGGAUCUGUGCCUGUGUGAGAGCCCUGGGGACCCUGUGUCCCAGCCAGGAUCCCCAGGAGCAGUGGCUGCAGGCUGGGAUGCUGGGGAGGCAGCUGCAGCCAGCACUGUCAGCGAGCACGGCUGGAGCAGGGACAGGUCCCAAGGGAAGCAGCACCGAGGGGACAGUGACAGCACACCCAGGGAUGGGAACAGGCCUGCUCUGGAGGGCAAAACGAGCAGGACCAGCUGCCCUGCUGGCUGCCUGCCCUCUCCCGCACUGCCCGUGGCUGCAGCCAGAUGUUGCUGCUCUGUCAGGGCAGCAGAAGCAGCAGCCCCUGGAGCCCCCGGCCUCCUCCCGCCUGCUCCCCAGGGCCCCGAGGCUGCUCCCGGCUUCAGCAGGAGCUCCUCGCGGUCAGACUGGGAUGUGCAGCUGCUCCCCAGCCUCCCGGGUGUCCAGGGCUGCAGGUUUCCAGCUGUGGACAGGGAUUUGCUGCAGCAGCCCCAGGGCAGGGUGAGGGACAGCGGCUACGAGUCCCAGCUCUGCUCCGUGCUCAGGGAGGCGGAGCUGGACAAGAGCUGCAGGAACUGCUGCACUGAGACCCGAGGAGCCUCUCUCCCCAUACUUGGAACGUUGUUUGGCAGCUAAAGCUAUCUCCAGGCUGCUCUCUGGAGCCUCAGUGGGAGCUGAGGAGGGGAUGGGAUUUACCAAGGCCAGAGGCACAUCCAAGAGUGAGGACAGCACUGGCAGCCCGGACAGCUCUCCUGGUGGGAAUUGAUGGGGAUGCAGUGGCUUCCCUAUCCUUGGCUGUGAUCCUCCCUCCUCUCUGCUGGCCACGUUUAGAGCCAGCAGAUUCCUCUGAUUCCUUACAAGACUCAUCACUGACACAGUGGUGUCUCUGGAAGUCUCCACCCAACAGCUGUGUGCUCCUUACCCUCCCAGAGGGAGAGGUGUUCCUCCUCUCACAUGGUCCUCAGAGCUGCAAAGACUUGUGAGAGGAGGGUCAUGGGGAUGAGAUUUGUCCUCUUGUUGUGGUCUGGGGUUGUUUUUUGCAUAUUUUCAGUUGGUUUUAACUUGUU